AUGAAAGAGAUCAAGAGACACCAUCUUCACCUGUAUGAUGGCAUCCUCAACAUUGUACCAAGCCUCCGUGACGAACUCGAUAUGAUCUCCAGUGACAAGCUGUCGAAGAUCAUCUCUGCAGUCACCAAGGGGAUGAGUGAUGCUCGAUUGACAGCAUUUAGCUCCAUCAAACACAAAGGGCUCAAGUACGUGCCUCUGAACAUGCACAGCAAAGAAGACGCCCUCGAUCCACCAAUACCUGAAGUCAAAGAUAAGUCCAUGAGAGGGAUUACUCAUCCCCAGCUUGCCCAGGUGGCUUUGCCCUCGAAACAAGAUUUUAUGAAGACAGCAUCUACUGAUCCAACAGACAAAACCAAGGGUUUGUUUAGGAAUCAUGUUGUUGCACGUUUCUACAUGCACUUGUAUAUUGGCCCAUCAGCUGCAAUGGCCGAGUCUACUACUAGCAAGGCCUCGAAGGUGGCAAGAAAUUGUGCAUUUGGGUUGACGUCCAUCACCAAAAAUAUUAUCGCCAUUGUUCACAUCAUUACGUACUUCACACUUAGUCAUGGGCAGAAUUGGACGAAUGAAAUUGGGACAAUGAAUCUUGAGGAGUUGUUUUGGGCUAUCAUCAACAUGCUCGAUGAUGAUGAGGAUCCAUGGGUUAAAGACACCAUGUCAUUGUGGAACACUGCCAAAUUCAUCAAGAAGCCAUCCAACUUGGAGGAUGACUUGGAUCAAGAAAACAACAUCGCCGAGAUCAAGGCUCAGUGUUUGGCUCGACGUGGUGCUGCGCCGCCACAGGCUAAGGCUCAGAGUGAUGGUGUGACUAGCCCUGCUACCUCUGCCCGACUCCGCUCCACUUCUCCGACACUACCCCUAUUUCCUCCGACACCAUAUCCCUACCCUCAGACCCUAUCUGGAGCUCUGCUCCUCUGCUCCAUUGGUCUGACCGAUCCUACUCCCUCCACCAUCUCCACUUUUCUGACCCACUUGGUUCCUUCAGUUCCUCUCGUGUUGUUCCAUCCGACAAUUGGUCCGCCUGACCGCCUGACCGGUCCACCCCUAGACUAG